AUGCUUUUCUUCGCUUCGCUGCUAACUUCAAUACCAGGAGCUCUAUGCCAAGAAACUACUGACCGUGAGCCUCUUGUUGUGCCUAUACGAGGACCUUUUGCACAGUUCCCGGCUCUGGUCACUGCCGACAAAUUCCCACUUUUCCCAUUUACUGAGCAAUUCAACACUGGGAUGGAGCUAAAUCCAGCAAAUAAAGUGUCCCUUGCUGGUGAUGUGAACAUCCCAGUACCCGGAUGGGGAAAUUGGGACAUGGACGGAAAUCUGUACGCUGGUCAUAUUAACAUCGAUAUCAAGACGGGCUAUCAGACAGCUCCAAAAAAUCCUCUGAACAUCAAACCGGAAACGUUAGCGCUAUUGGCGCAAAAUCCCGAGUUCAGGGAAGCGAGAAGAAAGGCUAAAGAAGUGGACGUUGGAAGAAUACCUUAUGGUUACGAGCCAAGCAAAUGCAAGCCGCCUUAUUGUAAUCCGUUCGUUCAUCACACUGGAGUAGCUACGGAGGUUGAACAGGGUGACGACUUCUUCUUCGUUGGUGGCAUUGACUUUCCCGUCCCGUCUGGAAAUGCUGGUGGUGGCGUUCGUUUUCCGUUAUCUGGAGCAUUCGAAUAUGGUACUUCACCAUAUUCCUACGCUCAUGGAAGCGCUUUCAAUCCAGUGUCACCAUUCGAUUUGAAAUCAUUGGAAGAUGAUGAGUUGCCCGAAUUCAACCCUAAAAAGGACUCGAAGAAGAAAACAAAAAUCAAUAAGAAGGAGUUUCAUAAACGGUUUUAUGACAAGCUUCCACAUUAA